AGCGACACUACAACCACACGGAAACAGCAUUGUACUACCUAGAGGCUAUUCUUCAUCAUUGAUUCCCUACUCAAAAAAUUUUUCCAAUCGAUAGUAGCGGACCACAGAAGCACAAGCAGCUGUUGACAGACUCUUUGUAGAAAAGAGACCGAUCGUUAUCCGUAUACUUUUUCACUCAACGACUGCCACUCAUCAACUUGAAAACGUGGCGAAGGUUGGUGCGCUUUUGCCGCUCAUCUUGAAGCUGCGAUACUAGCGACAACGGUCCAGAAAUUGAUACGGUAAAAACGACCGCCGAAAAAGUCUGUGGACCAUGGCAGCAGCGGCUGUGGAAACGACGCGGCAGGAAAAGGCCGACAAAUUCGACUACUUGAAAGAGCUGGACCGAGGAGGUUUCGACUUCAGCAAUUGUGCCAGGAACACACGACUGGUAUUGGAAAUAAAUUGGUUUCUACUUGCCAUGCGGAAACGCAAUUUAACGCUGCAAGAAAUUCCGAUCGCUGUUUGUCAUGCAUAGCUUCACUCUUGUUUAUCUAUGUUUUUGUAUGUGUUCAACAGCUAAAACAUGAAUCAAGAACCACAAAACCACACACAGGCAAGAGCGCUGACCGGCAAGGCUGCUUUCCCGCAGGCAAAGAAGACCGGGACGACAAUUUGCGGCAUCGUUUGCGGCAGUAUAUUUUUGUGAUUAUCAUUUUUCACAAGUGGAGUUUGUACCAUGUUCCUUUUCCUUUGCGUCAGAGGUAGUUCCUUACGCUUAACGCAAACGCAUGCGAGUUCAUCUUCUGUAGUAAGUGAAACAAAAUAAAUCCACCUCCAAAAUAAAUCAACAGAUGCCGUUAUUCUUGGGGCGGACACGCGAGCGACUGCUGGCGCGAUAGUAGCCGACAAAAACGCGGACAAGCUCCACCCCAUCGCGGAUAACAUCCAGUGCGCGGGGGCGGGAACGAGCGCCGACUUGACCGCGACAACGGAACUGAUGCAGCGACAAAUGGAAAUCCACUCCUUGAAUGUGGGAACCGAAGUAAGGGUCUGCACCGUGGUCAGAAGGCUCAGCCAGAUGCUGUUCAGAUAUCAGGUAAGAAAGUACUAGUAUAGAUACAUGAUAAUUCUGAGCGCAUGCAUGAGCAUGACCAGUGAAGAAGCACUGGUGACAACUGCUGGUGGUUUUUUCCUUUUUCUGUUUCGAAGAUGUGCUUCACCUUGUCGUGAAGGACAGAAGAUGGCACUGCUUGUCAUGAUGCUGGAUUAUAGCGGAACUCCAUGGACGAGGAUUGUAGGACUCACGACGCUGAAAAGGAAACCAAGAAUGAAAUAAAACCCAAAUGCAUCUUACACCAGGGCCACAUCGGGUGCCAUUUGGUCCUCGGAGGGUAUGAUGUGAAAGGGCCGCAUCUGUACCAAAUUCACGCACACGGGUCAACAGACAAGCUACCAUACACCACCAUGGGAUCAGGUAUGUUUGCUUUUUUUACUUGUCAUGCUAAAUGUAAAUGCAUCGCUGCAACAAGCAGGAGGUUUAGGGACAGUAACCAGGCGUAUCUUUACUUCGCACUCCUUUCCUGUGUCGCGUAUCAGCAACGAUGAAAAUCAAAAUCAAUAAAUGAAAACAGGUUCCCUGGCAGCAAUGGCCGUUAUGGAAAUGAGGUACCGAGAAAACAUGACCAUUGAGGAGGGAAAGGAGCUUGUAGCCGACGCAAUAUCAGCCGGUAUCGUCAGCGAUUAUUUAGCAUGACGAGAAACAAUACGAAUACUCUAUGUUGUUUUCAUCUUCAAGUGCGACCGUUUUCAAUUUCUCAUGUGAUUUCGUGAAACAUCGUAUCCAGCCUAGUACGAACAUGAGAACAAAGAUAACACCGGUGAAUCUAUGAAAAAAGGUAUCUUCAACGACCUUGGAUCCGGUGGCAACUGCGACAUUUGCGUUAUCACGAAGGAUAUGGAUUGCAAAAGUGUCUGGGUCUGGAAGGUUGGAACUUGUGAUGCUAACUUUGGACUGUAAAAAAUUCUGUAUUGCAUGACCAGCAAGAGGAGUCCGGUUUGUGCUACGCGUGGAGGGCAUUUGUCAUGCGGAAUACGCAUCAGGAAGGCCUCUAAAAAUCUGUGAUGCUAGGGCUUCCCUGACAGACAUUCUGUGUCAUCCAAAAACAGCAUAACAAAUUUCGGAUUCUUCCAGACCCAGACAUUUUUGCAUUUGAAAGAGGAAGGCAAGAAGCACAUCCGAGCCUACAGAAGCGAAAACCAGAAGGCCUACAAGGCGGAGUUCGCACCCUUCCCCAUGGUAAGGAAAACAGUGCGUCUUUUUUUUUGUAAGUACUCGUAUUGCAGUCAUGCAUUACAAAUUUUUUUCUGAAGGUAAAUCCGCAUGACAAAUUUUACUUCUCAUGCUGGGGAAAUUUGUAAUGCAUUUAUACGAGUGCGAUACUUUUGCAAUUCAUAAGGAGCACAUCUAUCAUGCAUUGGAUUUAUUUUCCAUGCCUGAGCAUGCAUGAAAAUUUCCUUAUUUGCAUGUGAGGUGAAACUGUUAUGCAUAAUUCACAACACCUAAACAUCGACAUCCUCACAGGGCUGCACGCCAGUGGUUGCCGGGUCAGAUUUGUUCAAGAAGAGAAUAAUCGUCGAAGAAGGGAACACUCUGGACAAGGACGGCGAUGUCGUGAUGGGUUAAGAAACAAGUUUGUCCUCGUGCGGGUAAGUAGCAAACGCGAUCAAUCGUGGAUCAUCGGCGUGAGGAACAAUCUAUCUACUUCUCACGACAACUCCCACUCCUAGUCUUGCUUCUGACCAGCGCUACACAAAAACUACCCGCGACUGCUCCUGUCGACCUCCGGCUGUGUUAUGGUACCCCCAGACACAAUUUUCUCGUCGGGCCUGUGAAAGGACAAUAGGUAUCUUCUUCGGGUCCCGACAGAAAAAAUCUGCUAAGUACGACUACAUCCUGAGUCACAGCACGGAAAGUUUGGAAUAAGUACUCCAUUUGGCGGCCUAUCGACUCAUGUCAAGAACGCAGACAGCGAAGUAUACAGAAUUUUUCAAGGAACCUCAAAACGACAAGAAAGCAGCACGGUAUGAUACAGUCAUUUGAAACUGAGUAAACCGUGUUUGGAACCGGAUGCGGAAGUCUUGGUCUGAUCGUACGGGUUUUCUGUUCUAGUUGUACGUGCCUGUAUUAAGUACUUGUUUUUUUUUCUGCCUGUUGUGGAG